AUGUAUCUUGCUAAUUAUACAAGACCUGAUAUAGCUUUCUCUGUCAAUUUGUUAGCAAGAUUUAGUUCUGCUCCAACAUAUAGACAUUGGAAAGGGAUUAAACACAUACUCCGCUAUCUCCAGGGUACUAUUGAUAAAGGAUUGUUCUAUUCUAAUAAUUGUGGGUUACAACUUAUUGGCUACGCAGAUGCAAGAUAUUUGUCUGAUCCACAUAAAGCCAGAUCUCAAACUGGCUAUUUGUUCACUUGCGGAGACACUGCUAUAUCCUGGCGGUCAACAAAGCAAACUCUGGUGGCUACUUCCUCAAAUCAGGCUUAG